UGUCUGCACAAUUUACUCCAAUACUUACAAAUUGGAUGAAAAGAAAUGACAAUGGCAUAUAUCUUGGAGGGACAGAAAGAAUGAUCAAGGGUGAUUCUGACAAGGAGUUUGGCGUAAUUGCGAAAGUAGGUGACCUCUGACAGAAAUUGAAAAUCAAUAAAGUGCAGUGGAGUUCGUGAUACACAGAGAACGAAAGUACCUCCUCUCUGCAGUUUUGAGGUUAUGUUGCUCGAGACUGAGAAGGCAGAGCGUCGAAUGUUCUAUUUUCGUUUCGGCGAAAAGUGUUUAUUCUUGCCAGUCGUAGGCGCGCGUUACACAUUAUAAUGCAUCUAAAUGUGAGGAGAAGUCACGAAAGUGCCGUGAGAUAGUACAAACAUGGGCAGAAGAAAAUCUCACGGAUCAUCUAAAAGUAAACAACACGUUCCACAUCAAAGGCAAUUAUCCUUAGCGGAAAGAAACGAGAUAAAUGCCUUGUGCGAAAAACUAUUCCUCCUGAGCAUUGAUCCAACGUAUUUGAUGCAAAUAUGGGACAAUUACGUAGAGAUAUCAGCAAUUUUGGAGAAGGUUAAACGGUUGGAGGAAAUGAAGACGGAGUCGCCGAAACGAUCUCAGGGGAUUGGACAAUUCAUAAACUGGCUCAAAGAAAAUGGUGCGAAUGUAGACGGAGCGAGUGUGGCUGAAUUCCCGGGAUACGACUUAGGCUUAAAAGCGGAACGUAAUUUCGUUGAAAAUGAAUUGAUCUUAAGGAUACCUAGGGAACUUAUUUUCAGUAUUCAUAAUGCAGCCCCAGAAUUGAUUGUUCUUCAAAAUGAUCCAUUGAUACGGCAUAUGCCACAAGUAGCACUCGCGAUUGCGCUUCUUAUUGAAAGACACAAAGAAUAUUCGAAAUGGAAACCUUAUUUGGAUAUCCUUCCUACCACUUACACAACCGUGUUAUACAUGACCGCUGCCGAUAUGAUUGAACUUAAAGGCAGUCCGACAUUAGAGGCUGCUUUGAAACAAUGCCGAAAUAUUGCUAGACAGUAUUCCUACCUUAAUAAGGUUUUUCAAAACAACAAUAAUGCUGUGUCUGCUAUCCUCAGGGAUGUCUUUACCUACGAAAGAUAUUGUUGGGCAGUUUCUACAGUAAUGACAAGGUUAAACCUAAUUCCGAGUGAGGACGGUUCACGCAUGAUCCACGCUUUGAUCCCAAUGUGGGACAUGUGCAAUCAUGAGAACGGGAGAAUCACAACAGAUUUCAACGCGACAUCAAACUGUUGCGAGUGUUAUGCAUUGAGAGAUUUCAAAAAGGGAGAACAGAUAUUUAUCAGCUAUGGGCCGAGAACGAAUUCUGACUUCUUCGUGCACACUGGAUUUGUAUACAUGGAUAACAAACAGGAUGGCUUUAAAUUACGACUUGGGAUCAGCAAAGCUGAUUCUCUUCAAAAGGAACGUAUAGAAUUAUUGAAUAAAUUAGAUCUACCGACAGUUGGUGAAUUUCUAUUGAAACCGAAAACAGAACCUAUCUCCGAUUUCCUGUUAGCGUUUCUGAGAGUAUUUAGUAUGCGCAAAGCGGAACUGACACAUUGGAUACAGUCAGAUCGUGUUAACGAUUUGAAGCAUAUGGAUUGUGCAUUGGAAACUGUCGUUGAGGAAAACGUCAGAAAAUUUCUGCUCACUAGACUGCAGCUGCUAAUUGCUAAUUAUCCAACGACUCUGAAGGAAGAUCUGCAACUACUUGAAACGACAUUACCUCAAAUCAAGAAGUUAGCCAUUCAAUUAAGAGUAACAGAGAAGAAAAUUCUUCAAGGUGCGCUCGAAUACGUAGAACAAUGGAUUAAAGCAUAAGAAUUUGACAAGUGAAUUUGAAUUUCUCGGUGGAAUUAAAUUUUUAUUCUUAUUCCUAAAUAAAUCUUACAAUGAAAUAUAAUUUUUAUGAAUCUCAUUUAACUGUGGUUCUGAAACUAUGAGAAACUGAAUGUAGAUUAUUUGACUAAUGAUUGAACGUAUAUAUAUAAUAACGUGCAAAGUGACGAAGGACAGAUAGAAAUGGGAACAAUGGUGUAAACAUUAAAAUGUAUAAAAUA